CACUAGGAAACCCCCUUCGAAAGCAUGCUUGUGUACAAAUUUUUUAAAUUCUUAUGUUCUUAAAUAACGUUCUACUCUAAUAAUGGAAAAAGAAAGAGAGCCUGGUUCGGCUCGUUUUGGAAAUUUUAUCAACUAUUAUUCAUUCAAUCCACCAUCUGAAAGGCUUAAAUUAAUAGAGAAAGAUUUCUUAAAAGAUUUCAUAUUUAAUGAAGGAAAAACGAUAUAUAUUUUAGACAUUGGUUGUAAUACAGGCGAUUUAACUAGAGAAUUCUAUAAGAACUACUGCCAAGAAUAUCAAUGCAAAAUUCUUGGUAUAGACCUGGAUGAGACUCUGAUAGAAAGAGCAAAAUCAAGUGCUGAAAAUGGAGAGAAUAUGGACUUUCAAACAAUAAAUAUUAUAUCUGAAUACGAUAGACUAUUAUCCUAUAUGAAGGAGAAGAAUAUUAAUAAAUUCGAUCUUAUCAACUGUUUUUCCGUACUUAUGUGGAUUCAUCUAAAUCAUGGUGAUGAAAUACUUCAAAUUUUUCUUCGGAAUAUUUCUCUUUUAUCAGAUAAUAUUCUCAUCGAAAUUCAACCUUGGAAGUGCUACAGAAACGCUCGUAGAAGAAUGAAGAAAUUAGAUUGCAAUAACUUCUCACAAUUUGAUAAAUUACAAUUAAAAAAUCCAGAUAAGAAUAUAUCAGAUAUUCUUCUUGUAGUUAUUAAUGGAGAUUCAACUUCCUCCGAUACUGUUGUAGCAACAAAGAGUGGUCUAUUGAGAGGAUCUGUAAAGUUAACUUCUAAAAAUGAAAAAUAUUCAGAGUUUGUCGGAAUUCCCUAUGGUAAAUCUCCAACUGGUAAACUUAGAUUUGCCAAGUCAGAACCACCUGAAAGAUGGAAUGGCAUCAGAAAUGCAACGGAAUUCGGUCCACAUUGCCCUCAACUUAUUGCAAUGUUAUAUCCUUUAAUUGGUUAUAGUGACGAAGUUAGUGAAGAUUGUUUAUCGAUGAACAUUUGGAUUCCCGGAGAGGUUGAUUCGACAAAAAAUCUUCCCGUCAUGAUGUAUUUGUAUGGCGGUGCUUUUUUACUAGGAAUGGGUCAAAUGUAUCCCGGGCAAGACUUGGCUAUUAAUGGGAAUGUAAUCGUCUUAAAUAUUAAUUACAGGGUAAGUUCCUUAGGAUUUCUUUCAACGAUGGAUUCUGCAGCUAAAGGCAACUGGGCUCUAUGGGACAUGAAACUGGCUUUAGAAUGGAUUAAAGAUAAUAUAAAAGGUUUUGGAGGUAAUCCAGAUCAAGUUACUGUAUUCGGCGAAUCUGCUGGAGGUUCUGCUACUAGUCUACUGUCUCUUUCUCAGCAAACGAACUCUCUCUUUAAAUCAGCUAUCGCUCAUAGUGGAUCUGCUUCCGUUGAGCGUGACAUGACUGAACUAACUCGACGACUAGCCGAAAGCUUCGGUUGCGAUGAUGACGAUAAUGUGCAAAUGAUUGACUGUUUAAGAGAGGAGGAUGCUGAAGACUUGGAUUUAUGGAGUUUAAUUACUAUGGGUGGAAGUGGCAGUUGGAGACCAGUUGUUGAUGGUGAAUUUUUAACCAAACAUCCAAGCGAGUUAUGGUCGGAAGGAGCCGCGAAAUCAGUAAGAUUUAUGACCGGUAAUUUGCAUCAUGACAUGGCUGGCUUAAUUAUUUUAAAUCCAGUUGGUUUACCCUACGGAGACGCUCUUAGCAUAACGUCUACAAAGAAUGGAACUAUAGCCUUCGUGAAUGGUCUUUGUUCAAGUGCAAAAAACUCAUCAGAUGUAUGCAAGGAGGUUUGGAAAAGAUAUCCUGGCAUGGAUGACGAUGAUAUGGCAAAAAGAACACUGGCAACUAUUUACUUGGCAACAGAUUGGGUAUUUGGCAGCGGAUCAAACUUUGAAGCACGAGCUCAUUCAAUGCACUCUGAUGUAGGAUCUUAUAUGUUUAACUUACAGCAUGACAUGUCAUUUUUGGAAUAUCCAAAUUAUAUAAAUGGCUCUCACUUGGAUGAUUGCUAUCCUCUGUUUGGAGAGCCUUUCCUCCUUGAUAUGAGACAUUCUUUCUUGGAACAACAAGAGUGGAGUGAAGGAGACAAGCAAUAUACGAAAAAUCUUAGAUCUUAUUGGUUAAAUUUUGUUAAAACUGGAAAUCCAAAUGAAGGACCUCAUAGCGUACCUGCUAAUUGGCCUACAUACAAUAAAAGUGAGAAUUUGAUCUUGAGAAUAACCCAACAUAUGAGUCAAUCGAGCGUUGAGCAGCUGGAUGAUAAGAAAUUAGAUAAUUACAAUUUCUUUAAUAAUAUACAAAGAAACAUAAAGUCUGAGAAUGAAAACCAAUCAAAAUUCGACCUCAUGGAAGCCAUAUCUCAAUUUCUUGAGAAGAUGGAACCUCUUUUCCAGCAGUUUCCCAGUUUUGAGAAACGUGUAUUAAACAAGAUAAAUAAAACGAUCUCAAGAGUGAUUAAAAAUCGUAUGAGAAAACACCUUAAACGUCCUAAGAAGCAAUAA